GUCAUAGUACAUACAAGUUGCUACAUCAAAAGCUAUAUUGAGUAUAUUAGCAGAGUUUAGUGUAGUCGUUGUUGUACAGUGUCGGAGUAAUUAUCUCGUGGAAAUUAAUCGCAUCGUUUUUGGGAUUCAUUGCUAGUUUACACUGAAUUGUUGAAAGGCCUGAAGGAUGCCAACAGAUACAAUGGAUGAUAUAGAACUAAAGAAUAUUGAGCUGCAGGUCCCUUUGAUGAGGAAUGUGUCAAGAAGUGAAACUUAUACUCAGGAGGACAAAAUUGAGACAGAGUGGGGUACAAUGUUUGUGGCUGUUCAAGGAGAGCGAAACAAACAGGCAAUAAUCACUUACCAUGAUCUCGGAUUGAAUCACAUAUCCAACUUCCAAGCAUUCUUCAACUAUGUGGACAUGCGUCUACUAUCGCAAAGUUUUUGUAUCUAUCACCUUAAUGCUCCAGGACAAGAGGAGGGUGCACCAUCUUUUCAAGAAGGGCACGUCUAUCCAACAAUGGACCAACUAGCAGAGAUGAUUUUAUGUGCUGUUAAGUUUUAUAACCUGAAGCAUUUUGUAGGCUUAGGUGUUGGUGCUGGUGCUAACAUUCUGGCAAGGUUUGCUCUUAAGUAUCCAGAUUUUGUAGAUGGGCUCUUUUUGGUCAAUUGCACUUCUACAGUUUCUAGCUGGACUGAGUGGGGAUAUCAGAAAAUAAAUGCCAUGUAUCUACGAUCAUCAGGAAUGACAAAUUCAGCACAAGAAUACAUGUUGUGGCAUCAUUUUGGAAAAAUAACAGAAGAUCGUAAUCAUGACUUGAUUCAAGCUUACAGGCAGUAUUUUUCAAAGGCUGUCAAUCCUUACAACCUUUCCUUGUUUAUAGAUUCUUAUAUCAGGAGGAGUGACUUGCAGAUACAACGAGAACUGGAUACAACAAAGAAGAAGUCAGAGCGAAGAUUCAAAUGUCAGGUAUUGUUGUUGGUUGGAGAUAUGUCUCCCCACUUGGAUGAUAUUGUUGAUAUGAAUGCAAGACUUGAUCCAUCUAACUCUACGUGGAUGAAGCUUUCUGACUGUGCAAUGGUUUUGGAAGAACAACCAGGAAAAGUUAGUGAGAUUCUAAGGCUCUUCCUUCAAGGUCUUGGAUUUGCACUGAACCAGUCUGAGCUCAGGUUGUCAAGUUCUUCAUCUUGGGAAGCUUCUACUCUGUCAGUGAGGAAAUUUAGUUUGCCCCAGCAGCGAUCUGUUGAUGUAGAGGCUGUAUGUAGACAAAGAACUGAUGUGGAUUCAGACUUUCGUCAUGAAGUUCACAUUGUGGAGAAUCCGAUUGACCAACACACUGUGACCUGCUGAGCAUAGGAUCUAACACUGAACAACAUUAUUAACUCUUUAGUCAGUAAAAUUGAGAGCUGAGGCUUUUCACAAACCGCUUUAGGGUAGGAUAGUUCCUUGCACUUCUCAAAGCACUUAAAUAAAUCUUUGUUACAAGAAGACUUUCCAUUCUUACCUGUAGGUAGCCUUUAAAAAGGAGUACGAUGGUACUUUAGUGCCUUAGCACAGUGACUCUGCUAGGUUGGUUUCUUAUUAACAGACAAUUACCAUCAUCUUAAAUCUAUAGUUUUUUCCCCUAAUUACUGCAUGUGAGUGUUACUAUCACUUGUUCAUAUUAUGCAAAAAAAGAAAUUGUCUUGUUUCUUUGAACCUAAUACUUACAAAUGCUUUUUGUUUAAUGAGAAUGUUAGAUAACAUUGUAAGAUUAAAAAGCAGUAAUUGUUAUGUGUGAGAGGAGGAGGUAAUGGUGUUAAUUCAAAUAUUUGUUUUGUGGAUGUUUUUCUCUACAAUCAUCCAGAUUAAGACAUAAAUGCUGAAAUAUCUUCUGCAGAGUAAAAACUUUCUGUUUUGUUAAAUGUUCUUUGUAUUGGUUUCUUAAUAAAGAAUAUUUAAAGCUAAACAAACAACCAAAAAAUGAAUUUUUACCUUUAGUAAUAGUCACAGUUUUGUAUCAAUUUCUCCACAUGAUAACUAAAAGAAUGGAUAAAGAACAUUAUGAAACCUGGCACAAGAAUGUUUUUCACGUGUUUUAUAAAUAGGACACUAUUUGCAUGAAUUAUAAAUCACAUAAUGAAAGAAUUGUGUAUUUUUUCCAUGCCUUAUUUGAGUGCCAUAAGUUUGCUUGUUAUGAAAGUUAUAAUUAAAUAAAUUUUCUAUAUAUUUUUAUAAAAACUUUCUAGCCAAGUUAUUUCAACCUCCAAUAGCAGAAAAUAAAUUUACAAUCAUCCUUAUUAUGUUAAUAAUCUCUAGUGUUAAGUGGUUGACACUAGUUCACAACUGUUCUUUUGACUGAAUAAAUUGGACAGUUUCAAGAUUAAAUUCAUGUUAAGCUGUGUAAGAGACUUAACCCUUGUAAAGCAUUAUGUAAGACCAGAUUGAUAGGAGUUUUUUCACAUAGUGUAUUCCCACAUUGAUACAGGCUACUGCUUUUAAGAAUAAGAAAACAAAAAGUCCUAGCCAAUAACAGAUUUCUACAUAAAUCUGUUCUGCAGUUGAAUGAUGACUUAUGUAAUUAAAGAAGUUAUGGAUGCAUGUCACUAGCAGAUGUAGAUAUUAGUGUGAAAUUCUUAAAUCUGAGAGAUUAGUACUAUAUGUAUGGUUUUCAUGAAAUAGUUAAGAAGAAUGACAUUUUAUUUUCUUUUAUGGUGGUAGGGUAUUUUGAACACAAGCCGCAAAAAGCAUUUUUAUGCGUAAAUUUGGAAAUAUUUCCAAACGUAUCUCUCUACAAUACAGAAGUGGAAAUUUGAUAACGUUGGAUUGUUUAUUUUAAAAAACAAUGUAUUAUUGUUCAAUUUUAUAUGUAUUUAUGGGUAUUUUGUAUAUUAUGGACAAUUUGAAUAAUUUUUUCCAUGUUGUGUGUGAUCGUUACUUAAAAUUACAGGUAUCUGUUGUGUAUUUUGAUGUUUUAAAAGAAAAUUUGGUUUUAAAGAUUAUUAAUGAAAUAAUUGAAAUACUUAUUCAUGUAGUAUAUUCUUAAUUUUAAUAUAUAUUAUACAACUUUGUUUUAUGUUUAACAUUUAUGAUUAUUAACAUUCAUAUUUGUACGAAUCGAAAAUGAGGUUAAAACCUAAAAUUGUUAUUCCCUUAAAAUAUUUGUCUUUUAUGAAAUUUUUUGUAACUAAAACUUACCAUGGAGUAAAUCCAGUCUUACCCCAUCACCUCUUCCCUCUCUUCCUGCGUAAUUUUUGUGUAACACUGUGUGUAAAAAAAAAGUUUGACAUCCUGUAGCACAAGUAGAUGAAAUAUUUAGAUGUCCUGUUUACUAAUUUAAUGAAGAAUAAAAGUUCAGAGUGAACCAUAUGACUUCA